AGAAAGAAAUUUCCUUUCAAGAGAACACCGUCUAUAAAAUUCGUGAACUUUUCUGAUACUUUCAAACUGCCACAUUCUUUUCGAUGUUACUGCAGUGGCGGACCCAGUCUAAAAUAACAUUUUUUGCUCUUCUAGCCUCGUGCUGGUCUAAAAAUAGUGGCCCGGGCCCCUCCCCUCGAUCCCCCACUGUACUCUCUAGGUUGGGUCCUGCGGUAUACAAUAUCACUUGUCGUAAAACUUAACGAAGACUUAAAUUUCCUUUUAUGCUGUGCUAUUGAUGUUGGAGAGAGGCUGAGUGUGAACCUUUUUACGUCACGGUUUUGAGUACAAGGUCACGAAUGUACAAGAUGAUUAAUUCUUAAGUCAUAACAACAAAUUCACUAAUAAUAAAGAAUAACAAUGAAUGAUAAAAGAGGGUCAAUAACGAGAUUCUAGUCAACACGCGCAAUGAAAAGCAUUUCCAAUAACAAAAAGGAGUUUAGGAAAUGUGUGUUACAAGGUUUACUGAGCCUAAGAACUCGCAACAUUUCAAUGUGAAUAAAAUCAAUAGUGAUUGAAAAAUGGUUUUUAUAAAAAUAGAGAAGAAAGCUUUGUAACGAGCUCUAAUGUUUGACUAGUUGUUGUCGAAGAGGAAGCACAACGUUCAACAGACUAUUCAUUUCUACCACCAAUUAUCAUCCUCGGGUCUUAUUCUUUUCUGAAGCCACCCUUCUUGGUGUAUGAAGGUUUUACUUAAAUUAAUAUUUAGCUUACAGAAAACUAAACACCGGUGGUGAAUAGGAUCCUACGUCCCCGUUAUAUGGGGAUAAAAAGAACAUACAUGUACCAAAGCAACAAAUAAACUGAAAUAUGAACUUUUAAAGAAUAAUAAUUACAAUGAAUAGUAGAAGAGAGUCAAAAACGAGAUUCUACAAACCACGCACAACGAAAAGCCUUUCCCAAUAUUAUGAGAGAGGUUAAUGAUAAUGAUUGUCAAUGAAGUUUUAUCUAAAAAUCCCCUGCUCUUAAAAAACAGAAUCUAGUCGAAAAAUGGUUGUUUAGAAAAUAGAGAAGACGCCUCUGUAAGGAGCUUGGACGUGCGAGUAGUUGUUGUCUAAGGAGAAACGACGUUCAAAAUUUUUUUUUAAAUACAAAUGAAUACACCAUUUUUUAAAAAAAAAAAAACGAUUGAUAUUUAUUUUUCUUAAUCAUCUUCUUUCAUUAAUCACUUUUCGUCUUCCUGCAACAAGAACAACAACAAAUCCGUUAUCAACUUCUCUGCUGUAUGAUAUAGUUUAAAAGGAGUUUUAGUGAUCGAAGUAUCUAAGUACAUUGUGGAACCUCGAUUUAACAUGCAAAGGGACUGGGGAAAUGUGUUAGUUAAGUGGAGGGUUGCUAUAUCGAACACCUCUAUAUAACGAAUGUUUGGGAAAUGUUACAUCGUUAAGCAGAGAUGAGGUUAUAAGGUGUGUAUGACUGUGUAUAUAAACACUUGGAUAGUUUGUCAGACACAAGUUCACAGAUCUUUGAUCUCUUUCUCUAUCUCUUUGGCAUGUUCUAGCCAUUUCUAAUACUUAAUCCCCUGAAGGACAUGUGUGAGCAAUUAUUGAUCAGGGGCACCCAACGACAAUUUUCGGAAGAAUAUCUGUUAGGAAGACGAUUUAAGAUCUAGAAUUUUAGAAACAUUUGUUGUAAAAUUUGUUGCUUGCCUGCCUCUCCUAGGAUUUUCGAACAUCCAAAAAAAGGUAUAUUUGCCUAUUUUUAACGGAUUUUUACCCUAAAAAGGUCACCUAGAAUUUUCGGAAGCCUUUUUUCUGACUGAAAUUUUCGAAAAGGUAAGUUUUGAUCCCUAUAAUUUUCAGAUCACUAGACUUUCAGCUAGGAAAUCCGAACAGAUGAAAAAUUUUUAGGGGAUAAAAAUAUGCCCAUAUCUACCGUUUAAAUACUAAAAUAUGUUUAACAAUGCUAUGUUUAAGUGGUUUUGAACUAUAUUCUCGUUGGGUGCCCCUGAUUGAUCAAACCUUUUAAUUUCUAAGGCUUAAUUUCAGGCAAAUAAAAUGAACUGUUUGUAAAACUUUAACUUCUAAUAAUUAAAUCUUUUGUAAUGGUUUAAAAUAAACUAUUCUCAAAACAGAGAAUGCUUUCAGAUCAUAGCUGUGUAAAUCAAACUGAAACAGUGCAUGGAACCUUUCGUUUCCUGUUUGAUUCCUUUGAUCAUGAAUUGGUAUAUUUCAAAGAGCUACACAAUGACCAAGAAUACUAUUGAGCGACAAUAUACAGAGGGGGUGGAGCUGUAUUGUCAACUAUUACUAGAAAAGAUUUCUUAUUUGAGGGAGGUGGUUAAUAGAGGGAUGGCUUUUAUUUGAGGAAAUAAAAUAUUUUGUAUCACCUUACAAUAGAACAAGUUUUGAUUUCCACUUUAAGGUCAAAUCCACAGAGCUAAACUUCCAAGGUUUCCAUAUUUGUUAUAAAUGUAUGGUUCAGCUACAUGUAAGAAAGACUUGCCAAAAAGCUUAUGAAUUACUCAACUUGUUCAGAUCUUAAGUGACAUUUAUAUAACCACAAGUAUUUGUUAUUUUGCAUUCCCUAACACACCCUGUCUGUCUGCCCCCUCCCAAUAUUGUUGCAUAAACUUUGCUUUCAGUAUCUCUUGCGGAAUGCAAAAUGGUGAAUACUGCUCUUCAACAGAUAUCUUUCCAUCAUAAUGAAACAAUUCUCUUCAUUGAAUUCUCAUUAACGAAUUGUCUUAAAAGUUAAAUGACUAGAACGCCCAACAGCAAUGUGAUCAAACAUUUUAAAUUAAAAGUAAAAGAGAAAUAGUGAAGAAUUACAACUUCUAAUCAAAUCUUUGCUUAUACUUUAGAAUAAAAUAUUCUCGAAACUGAGAAUGGUUUGAUCUGAGCUGCUUUAAAAUCGCACUGAAUCAUUGCAUGAAACUUUUUGUUUUGUGUUCUUAUCUAUGUAUGCAAUAUGUGUGAAAAUAUCCAUUAUGAAUCUAUGUUUUUUAAAGAGCUACAGAAACAAGAAGACUAUUGACCGACCAUGAUACAUACAGAGCGGGGGCAGCUGUAGUGCCAACUAUUGACAGAUAAAGUAUGAAGGAGUGCUGCCAUAUAUUUAUUUGUUAUGGUCUACGGUUCAAGGUUGCUUUUUGACUUCCAUAAAUGGAAAUCAGCUCAUCCUCCGUGUAAGAACCUGUUAAACUCACAAGUGACGUAAAACGGAGGAAACAAAGAAGUCAGCCCAAUAGAACGCAGAAAAACAAAAGGUGGGAAACAAAGAAAAAGUUCACAGGUUCUUACACCGAGGUAAACCCUGGAAAUCGACAGAUUAGACGCCUUACACUACUACAUGAAAAAUUACUGCAAUUUGAUUGGCUUAGAGCAGUGGUAUUUCAGCUUAAUUUUAAAUAGGUAGUAGAAUAAACAAAUAAUAGCAUGAUUUGUACGUGAUAUUUGGCAUAAAUACCACCCGUGAUAUUUCAAAAUUGUCUCAAAUUUGAAAUUACGCAUAACAAUUUCGAAAUAUCACUCGUGGUAUUUAUGCCAAAUAUCACUACAAAUCAUGCUAGUACAAAAACAAAGCUCUUCAUGUCAUAUGUCGUGGUAGCUUGCCCUCGAUCAUGGAAAAAAGAACAUGUUCCCUUUUUAACGAUGAUCAACUCAGUAGUAUAAUAAAUAUGUUAGCUUCCUCGUGAAUUAAACGCUUUUUUCAUUCCAGAAAAUCUGAGGAAGUAUUAAAAAGUUGAACUAGAAAUCAUAUGAGCUUACCCCUAAUACGUGAAAAGGUGAAAAGGGCUGCCAUAACAGAAAACAAACAGAAAGAUCUUACCAAAUCUUCAUUUACUUUGCUGGUUGAUGAAGAAGCACCUUCUUUACUCUUUGUUAUUUUUCUCUCCCCGUUAUCUAUAAAAUCUCUCUUUGCGGGAGAACGUUUUGGCAUGGUACAACAGCACCUACAACGCGACGGUUGACAACUGACAAGCGAUCGACGAAGCGAGCAGCAAACAACCCAGCGAGUACGUCAUGUAAGGUCACCUAUUGACCAAUAAAAACGCAGGCUCGAGUAUUUGAGGGUCAUUUUUUGGCUCUCUAUUACAAUCUUCCCCAUGGUAAAGUACCCCCUUUUUGAACGCUUUUAUAGCUCAAAUAUUAGAAACUGCAGCUAUUUCAAAGUAUAUUGUAGGGAAGUUAAUGCCUAUCUAUUAAAAUCACUUGUAAAUAGUUGGUAAAUUGUAAAUAGGGUUGUAUUACUAUUACUAAUCUUUAUAACAUUUUUUAUUUUUUAUACAAUAUCCCUUUUUAUUAAAAACUGAAUCAUUGGAUAAUGCAAUUCUAGCAUUUUGAUUGGUUUAGCCGUUAUGGUAUAUGAGCUAAUAUACCAUGUUCUCCAUAUAUGGUCGGUGUACGCGUCAGUUUAGAAUUGGAAGCUAGCUGAGAUUUUUUUUCGCGAAGGAUAGAACGGCGCCCGAAGCAAAUCGUUUUAAUUCAUUUCUUAGAAUACUAGAAAUGCAAUUUCAACGAAAGAAAAAAGACAAAAACAAACAAAAAAGCCACAAGAGCUUGUUUGAAAGUUUGUCGAAAAACACAUGGAACUAAAGUACCUUGACCAGCUACGAAAGAAGACAAGUGUUGUUUCUUCAUGAUCGCGAAGCCAUUGGCCGAUCGAGUCACUCGCCGAUAGAUAACUGCAGCUUGUUUAUCCAACAUCAAGAAUAUAAAUCACAAGUAGCCUGUCACAAAUACAGGCUAUGCAGCCAUUCACUAGAGCAAUCGAGGCGGCAGUAUAGCUUCUUUUCUCGUUCAGCAAAACCAGCUUGUGGCUUCAAACAACUUCAUAACAAGCGACGAGGUAAUACCAGUAGUUUUUCUCCGUUGUUCUUACCUUUAUAACUGCACCGAAAAUCCAAAUUCAUAGUAAUUUCGACGGCUGUCACUUAAAAAUUCCUUUCCUUCACAUUUUCUGCCAGGUUUUUUAAGCUGUUCUGCUGUGUAAAAUCCUAGAAUCACGAUGAGUUUUUAAAAAACUAAUGUUCAUCGCACAAUGUUUUGAUUUUUCAUUCAUGCAGUCUAGGCGAGUCCGUUCGCGCGUCGACAGUUUUGAUAGACGCGCGUGUGACAUGUGAAUAGCGGAAGUCCCUUGUCUUUUCCGGUUUGUUCUAGUCGGGGCGAUUCAACGAGAUUUUGUGGGCGUUUUUAAUAAAACAAUUAUUCCACUCGGGCUUGUUGGAUAUGAAAUGAUUAUAGCCAACUCGGCGCUAUGCGCCUCGUUGGCUAUCUAUCAUCUCAUAUCCAACGCGCCUUCGUGGAAUGAUUUUUAAAUAGUCCGAUACUUUUGCUUUUUAGUCGAGCUUGCUCUUGAGCAAAGCGAGACUCUUAAAAUGCAGUAGUUUUUUUUUUCGUUUUUCUAUCUAUCUAAAAUGCAUGCUGUGUACAACUCUAAACAUUGUGCUCUGAGACGGAGAUAUUAAAAGUAGAUACUAAGCAGCUAUGGAAAAUGUCAUUACUUUCAUGCGAUAUUGAUAUCUUAUAAAACGGACAACAAAUUCAACAGGAAUACGCGCGAACUGAAUUAACUGUGUGUUAUAUAAGGUUCUGUUCAACUUACCCUUUUUGCUAUGCUGAACAUAUACUGUACCGAGCCGUAUCUUGGUCCGGUACAAAGAAGCCAUGUAUAUUUAUACUGACAGAGUCAUGGGCCCCUGAUACCGAUAAAAAUCAUCGUUCAAUUUUUCGUGUGUAGAAUCCCUGAAAGAUUAUUCCUCAAUGGAGCAAUAUCAAUAUGUAGAAGGUUUUCAAAGGUUUCACACCGGUUUGAGGCUAAGAUGUGCGUCCUGUCUCUCCUUGCAAUUUUUACUUUUUGAGUAUAUACAUUAUGACAUACAACACUCGUUUUGUAUUCCAGACGAAAAAGUAGUAUAACGGCACUGGGGCCUUUGACAACAAAACUCAUCUCCAAGCAAGCGAGUCUCACCGCCGCUAAGAGCGUUCUUGUUAUAUUGUAGAUUUCAAUUCAAUUUUUUUUGUAGUAUAUUAUAGUUUUUCUUUUUUUAUAUUGUAGUUUUUAACAGGUGAAGAGCCAUUAGGUGGAUACACUGUUAAUAAACCAUUAUUAUUAUUAUUAUUAUUAUUAUUAUUAUUAUUAUUAUUAUUAUUAUUAUUAUUAUUAUUAUUAUUAUUAUUAUUAUUAUUAUUAUUAUGAGUCUCUCUCGCGGGAGAAACCAAUGCUGGCGUUUGAAAUGUUGGCUCUUUUCUCAAACUUGACUCCAUGUCCACUGAAGUUUCUCGGAAACUCGCGCGCAAGAGAAAAAGACAAAAAAAUCGUUCAACUAUCAUCACAGUCAUUAUUUUAUUUUAUUUCAUUAGAUUCGCCAAUUCUUGGCAGGGUCUCUAAAACUGCAUGACCCAGUUACUGCGGGCCCGUAACAGUCCCUUCCCCUAUGAGAGACCACCACAACGGGGACUAUGUCCUCCGCUCUUUAAAAACAGUGUGUGCUAUUUAAUGUCUCACAGAAUUGAUCUAUAUAAGGGUUGUGAGACGGGGCCUACGAUUUAUCGUCCUUAUCCGAGAAGACUAGGAAGUCUAACCGUUUGCAGAUGUCUUAUAAAGGAAGCACUUUCUCCUAAGUUAUUUUGAAAAAGAUCCUGAAUUUUGGUCCGGCCGGGGUUUGAACUAGCGGCCUCCCGCUCAGCAGACAAGCAUAUGUCAAUUACUGACCUAACCAGGCAGCUGUAAAAUGAUUCAUGAUCAUCGAAACCUUUUUUCGUCUUUAGGUGAAACGCAAUACCGAUUGGCUUUUGAAAAGGCUUUUAAUCUUCUAAAGGGCACAACAUCUGAAGACGCAGGCAAACCAAAGCGGAAAGUUAUCUUAUUUCUCACAGACGGAGCACCCUCCGAUGAUAAAAAAGCAAUUUUCCACACCAUAAGAGACAGGAAUCUGGAGCUUAACAACUCGGUUGUCAUUUUGACAUUUGGCUUCGGUGGUGUAGAUCAGGAAACAAUCAACAUUCUUCAAGAUAUUGCCCUGCAAAACACAGCCAAGUAUGGAGUCUUCUCUAACGCUUCACUUGGAGACAUAACGGUAAAAGUGUUCUGAUGAAAUAAUUCUGAGCUUUUUUAUGUGGAAUAAAAACAAUAACUUUGAAAUGCUAACUUGAAGUCAGCAUCACCACAUUUCAAAAGCUUCAUUAAAAUUUCCAUCCCUCUGCAAAACUCGACAAAAAAGACUUUUGCUUUCUUUGAAGACAUUCUCUCUAGGACCAGAAUACAUUUAAACAGAGUAGUUAUUGUUUCCUUUCUCUUUAAUUAGAAGGGAAAAUACAUAGCUGUAGAAGACAUCAAAACCCUUAGAAGCAAAAUGGGUUUGUACUAUAACUUCUUUGCAGCCGGAAAGCAGCUUGAUCGACCAGUGGCUUCUGUCCCAUAUGUUGAUGCUGGUGGACUAGGUUGGUGUUUUUCUGUUUACUGCGCUCAAUAAAAAAUUCGCUUGAAAGACGCCCUUAGAUAUUCCAUCAAGCUCCACGGACAGUUCAAAGAAGGCAUGAGUAUGAAAAAUUGAGAGAAAAAUUGACCUUAGGAAAAAGGGAGAGGCAAGGUUAAUGAGAUUUGGCGCUCCAGAAAAAAAAAAAUAGCGAGAAAUACAAAAACAGAAAAUGAUGUGACCUGCGAGAACGCCUUGUCCACACGUGGAAAGGCGAUAGCAAUUAUUAAAUGACUUCAAAGCAAAAAAUAUACGAAGUUUUCAUUGGCAUUGAACUAUUAACGAAUCUGUAUCAAGAAACAGGGCUUAAAGACAAGCCUUGAAACUCGUUUGGUUCCUAUGCGUCCACAGCCUUCACAUGGUAGAAAAAAUAGCUUCAUUUGUCUCAGUCUUAUUUUGAUUUCUUUUUUCCUAAUUUUAGGACUUGUAAUAUCAAUAACCCUUCCUUGUUAUCAUCAAGGAGUGUUUAUUGGUGUCGUAGGCACUGACAUUAGCAUGGAGGAUUUGGUAUCUGACAUCAAUUUAUUAAACGAAGGACAGAGUGCAUACGCUUUUAUGACCAGUAAAUCAGGGAGAACUAUUGUUCACCCUCUCCUCCCAGCUCCAACCGACGCGUAUGGAGACCCAGUGUAUUUGGAUAUUCGUGCAUUAGAGCCAGAAGCAGAGUUCAACGAUGUUUUUACCUCAAUGACAAAGUAUGUAGGUUUAUUAACCUGUAACAGUUUUUUUAACCUCUGCGCUGUGUUGUUGUACUGCUGGUGGCUGAGCCUAGGUACAUUAGUAUUAUGAAAAACAGAUCUCCAUUUAAAUUUGUACUUCUCCAUUUAAAUCUGUACUUUUAAAUGUUAUCAUGUUGUUUUGGAAUAUUCUGCAUAUUGUCCAAUCAGAAUAGUGGGUUUAUUGAGUGGUCUUAAAGUAACAUGAUACGGGUCUGCAGCGGAACGUUCCGCUCAUUAACCAAUGAGAGUGGUUAUAUUGAUCGAUAUCACUUUACACUUGUAAACAACGUGGUGACUUUACCCAGGUUUUGGAUUAUAUGAUACAUGGAAAUAUAAAAAAAUAAGAUAAAACGAACAUGCUGUAAUCUUUAGAAUACAUGCCCUUUUUAAUGUCAAAAUCAAACCUGUGAUAAAACUCGAAAUGUUCCUCCUUUCAACCACUAAAUUUCACUCACAAACAAGACUUGUGUUAUCAACUGAGUAGAACUAAGAGCUUAACCGCCAAUGGGCUGCUGCUUUAACUCAAAAGCAUCAUAUCAUGUUUACUUUUCUUUCGUGCCGUUCGGUGUUAUUCAUCUCUAGAAAAAGAUACGUAUGCAUGACGAGAAACUUCUAGCGCGUUCAGUGUCUUUCCUUUUCGCAGACCGUACCACAACGACAUACAGCAUAAAUUUAUUUAAAACAUCACGCUACAAGAAAAACGAAAAACGCUCCUCUUCUUCGUUUACCCGACGUAACUUCACUUUCGGUUGUAUGCAAAGAAUACCAUAUUGUUAGCCGCAUUCAAAAAUAAGUCAAACACUUGUUUUCUGUCAUACGUUUUAACACUCGAUUUCUUAAUGUCGCUUUGCUUGGGAAUAUUCUGCCCGUCCUCCAAUGAAACGGAAGAGCAUGUGAAAUAUAAUAAUAGGUCUCGAGAGAAGAGAUAACAUCUUGUUCACGGCUGAUCGAUUCCAGAGUCUGCACUUUUUUAACCUUGUACUUGCCGUACUUCGUUGCCGUUGUGGAAGACUUGCUUACUUUGGAAAAGGAGAAGCUUCGGUAUAAAAUCCUAAGAAAGAAGGACUCACCGAAAGACUCGCGUGCUAACGGCGCGCCAUAGGUUUUCAGUGGCCACGCACGACCUCCAAGUGUAAUUUGAUAUGAUACUUUUUUCUAAUACUUCAGCGUGACAAACUUCCUUUACCAUUUUCCUUUAAAACUGCACAUGUUUGAAUAAAUCAUGUAUUAAUCAGACAUAAUGUACGGUGCAACUGUUGACAUUCCUCCGAACUAACUUAGAGUAAAGGGUCUUCAAUACAUUCUACGGUCGCUAAAUUACAAAAGCUUGUGCAGUUGAUUUUGAGAAGGCAGAUGUGUCAGCUUGCAAGAUUAGGUUUCAAAUCUUAAACCCCGCGAAAAUGACUGUUUGAAGUGAAUGAAUUAAACUAAAUGAUAUAGGAGAAUUUUCCCUUGGCUCCUUUACUCCAGAACUUGUGGGAUCUCCUUUGAAAUAAUAAAAACUGGACCAUUUUUUUACAAAAACGAAACGCGCUGUCGAUAAGUGAUGUUGCCAUUUUAGUCCAUUUACGUAAUCGCCUGUCCUUUUGCACGUUGUCUCGUAAGACUUUAAAACUCAAAUGCCGUUCAACUUAAAACUUUCAUCCUUAUUGCAUUCUACGUGCGCGAGAGGAAAAAUUUGUGCUACUAACAAUGACUGAACUAAUGACUGAACUAGCAUAUGUAUCGUUAAGCGUUAUGAGUACUUCGUAUACCAACUGUAUAUGGUAAUACUUCAGUACACCCGCUAACCGCGCAAAAAUGAGAUCACAGCGUACCUCUUAGAAGGUUUAGGAAUCAUUAAUUCGUAAAAAAAUUCGUUAACAGAGCAUUGAAAAGCUAACGUUCUCCACUCUGAAUAUUCUCAGAGGAUAAAAAGAUCUUUUGGUUGUAGAAAACUGCAAUUUUUGGUACGAAUACAUUGUAUCAGACAUUGUAUAUAAUAUUGCCACAGGUGGCGUUUGAACAAUGCUGAACAAUGCAAACGUAUUAAUGGCAAGGUUUCAUUCACUUGCUUCGUAUUUUUUUUAAGGUUUUCAAAUCCUUUGCGUUGGGUACAAUGGAUCUUUUCUUUAAAGACGUUUACCAAAUAAUUCUCUUGAAAAUAACCUAGAAGCCUCUAUUGUACCUUUUUUCUUACAUUUAUCUGGAACUACCAAAAGGCAAAACAGAUAUUUUCCGGCCCAAAUAAUUCGCUAUAAUUCGCUAUGAAUGAGCUUGUCAGCCCCUGCUGCAGCGUUUGAGAUUUAUAUGAGAAUGGGGAAAAAUAAACAGCAUGAGAAAACAGGUAGGGGAUGGGAAGAGAUGGCAAAUGAACAGUAUUUUCUCCUUUCUACUGCGUCUCCAUUUUUCUUGUGUUUUGUCUUUGGUGUUCCUCCCUCUUUCUCCGCUAAUCACUAUGUCAACGCCAUGAGGAGCAAUUAAAACAGAUAACAAAGCAGGGACAAAAUUGUGACGUCACGUAAGGUCGUGUGAAAAAAAAAGCGAAACGUUUACUAUUUCACUACACAAUAUUACUCAGUUCAGAACGAUGCACUAUAUAAAUAUCAUCAAUUUUAUUCGGUUUUUACCAUAGCUUUUCAUGGCUUCACAUAAAAAGCCUUUCUCAUACACAUUUAGACAUGUAUUAAUCAGACACCAAGAUCAGUGGUGUACAGUGACACUGUUAAGUCACACUUUAAUCGUUGUUUUUUGGUUUCAAGCCUUAUUUUAUUAUUCCAAGUCACUGGUAUGAUAAAAUGUAAAACUGUCGACAUUCCUCUGAACUGACCUUUGAAGCCUUUCUUAGAGGAAAGGGUCUUCGAUACAUUCUACGAUCGGUAAAUUAGAAAGUAAUCAAACGCUUGUGCAGUUGAUUUUGAGUUCAAGUCAGCACACAUGUCAGCUCGCAAGAUGAGGUUUCAAAUCUUAAACCCCGCGAAAAUGACUGUUUGAACUGAAUGAAGUAAACUAAAUGAUAUCGGAGAACCUUCCCUUGGCUCCUUUACUCCAGAACUUGUGGGAUCUCCUUUGAAAUAAUAAAAACUGGACCAGUUUUUACAGCAACGGAAGCGGGCUGUCGAUUCGCGAUGUUGCCAUUUUAGUCCAUUUACGUAAUCUCGUCUGUCCGUUUUGCACGUUGUCUCACAAGACUUAUAAACUCAAAUGCCGUUCAACCCACUAAAAGCCUUCAUCCUUAUUACAUUCUACGCGCGCGAGAGGAAAAAUUUCACGUUGUCCAUUUGUGCUGCUAGCAAUGACUGAAUCUGCGUGUAUCGCACUUUAAUUUAGCGCUUUGGCUUUUGGCCGGUAACCGGUCAAGGUGUCAAAAACACUAAAUGACGGCCGGCAGUCCCAUAUUCUCGCUGAAUUUCACAAAAUCGAAAGAUUCUAGCUAAUCUAAACUAUCAUAUGUCGAUUAAGACAAGUCAAGCGAUCCUGAAAAUGCCUUAUAGAUCUCAAGUCUAGUGUUUAGUUUGCGUUGGGCUUAGAAGACGAAACCAUGUUUUGUCACACUUAAAACUUUUUUCAGCUCGACUGCCGGUCAAGGUUUUCAAAACACUAAUAUUCUCAGUAAAUUUCAAGGUUUCGUCUUCUGAGUCCAGCGUAAACCAAACACUAGACUUGAGAUCUAUAAAGCAUUUCAGGAUCGCUUGACUUGUCUUAAUCGACAUAUGGUAGUUUAUAUUAGCUACAAUCUUUCGAUUUUGUGACAUUUACUGAGAAUAUAGGACUGCCGGCUAUUUAGUGUUUUGAAAACCUUCACCGGUUACAGGCCAUAUAGCCACAGCGUUAAUUUUAAUUAGACCCUCUAAACCGCGCAAAAAUGAGGUACUUCUAAGGUUUCCUACUCAUUUUAAUUCAUAAAAAAAAGUUCUUAAUAGAACAUCGAAAAGCUAACGUCCUCCACUCUGAAUAUUCUCAGAACAUCUUUUGGUUGUCGAAAAGUGCAAUUUUUGUUACGAAUACAUUGUAACAGACAUUACAUACAAUAUUGUCACAGGCAGCGUUUGAACAAUCCAAACGUAGUAGAUGGCAAGGUUUCAUUCACUUGCUCCGUACUUUUUUUAAGGUUUCAAAUCCUUUACGUACGUUGAGUACAAUGGAUCUUUUCUUUAAAGACGUUUACCUCUAUUGUACCUUUCUUCUUACAUUUAUCUGGAACAACCAAAAGGAGAAACAGAUAUUUUCCGGCCCAAAUGAUUCGCUAUUGCCUAAUUACAUACCGCGCGGGUGCCUGGCACUACCGGAUUUUCCCGGACUUUUUAAAAAGUCCAGUCUCAAAAUGGCGGAUAGUCGGGGUAAAAACUCGAGCGAAGGCAUUCUUUUUCGAAGAAAUAUUGAUCAAUUAACAAUUAGUUCAUGCGUCAGCGUGCGUAUGUCGAGAUAUUGAGCACGCGGGAAGUUUGGAGAGCACGAAAGAGGCGUAAGAGUUGCACGAGGCGCAGCCGAGUGCAACUCUAGCCUCUUGAGUGCUCUCCAAACUUCCCAAGUGCUCAAUAUCUCGACAUACGCACAGCUGCAGCAUGAACUAAUUGUUUUAUAACAUUAUCAAAGCGAUCAAUGCAGCAGUUAACUGAAAAUUUUAUUAUUGAAGGGCGCGCUCAAAGCAGUACGCGUCAAUGUUUACGUGAAUAUAUCUUUUUUCCUCACAGUUAAUCUUAUGUUUUUAUCCUGAAACUGAGAGAAAGUGUACUCUAAAAUGAUUGUAAAAUCCAUAUUUAGGUGUCGGAAAACUAUUAAUUUCCCGAAAAAUUGUUAUUGAGAGAAAACAACUUUGCAAAGAAUGAGCUCACGCCAUAGCCCGCACAGCUCGCGGAGAUGACAACAACAACAACAACACUCACCUCUUUUCCUUACUAUCGGUUAACAAAUUCAAACGUUUCCUCUUAAAUUUCUUUACAAAACACAUGGUAAACGCUUCAUUGUCUAUUGCUGAGUUAUGGAUUCACUCAGGAGACUCAGGAUUGCUAAGCUCACAACAACUCGAGGAAUUACGAAUAGUUUAUUGACGUCAUCAGCGUGCUCAAUAGGAAUAUGAAGGACGCUCGCGCUAUUGAAUUUGAUUAGGCGAAUUUUCUAGCUAUGUUAUAAUAUUCCCUCGGAGAAUCUGUCUAAACUUAGUAACGAAGGGAUGCAGUAUUUCUGCCAUACCCUGAAGCUAUAAACUUAAGGAGCCGGCACUCAGCAAGUGCAAGCAGUUGUUUGAUGAACAGGUCGCUCGAACCAAACAUGAUUAUAAAUUUUCUACAGCAAAGGAUCCUCUGUUUAAUUCUACCCGCGUAUGAAAAGUAGAGGAUCAUUACAGGAAAGAACACAGAUGUGAUUGUGCACGUACCGAUCAUAGCCUAAGUAUGCUGGAGCAGGACUUAAAAGGGCAGUACAGAAGGGCUUACCUGGAUUAUUCCCGUCGCGGAAAAGAGUAAUGUCCGUGAAAGGUACUGAGUGUAGUGAACUUUGUGGCGUUUAUGUAUGUUAAACCUAGUGUUGUUCACAUGAAGGGAGAUAAGGGACUAGUCUAUACUCAGGGCAUGCUAGCCAAAAGGUAGUUGUACGUGACAUUCUUUAUUGUGAUUACAAGCUGACUGCCCAAAUGACAGGAACUGCUGUGUUACCGGACGAGAAAUGCCUCUCAAGUAAGACUAAAGUAUACUUGCUUUUAUCCAUGUUCAGUGAGAAUUGUUUCCGGUCUGAUCUUUAGAAUUUCUACUGAGACCGUAAGCAGCGACGGGGAGAAAAUCUAAUGUAAGCCUUGCCGACCUAAUAUACAAUGUUGCCCUUUCACUCAGGGUCACUCUGGCGUGCUUCCCUUCUUGGUAGUUUUUAUUUACGGUCUGUAAAAACAGGUACACCCAACCCCUUAUCAUAUUCGGUCGGAUCCAGCGCCGUAAAAAGAGCUAAACUCGACUGUUCUUUGUUCAAAUUUUUUGUCGAACAAUUCGGGAAUCCUCCCAAUACUUCCAAGUAGCGAAAGUCUCCGAUUAGAUCUUUCUUUUCUCGAAAUUUUUAAUCGAGGCUCUUCAUAGCAAUAAAACAACUGUUCUUAGCUUUAGAAUAUUAACUUUCUGGAGUAAUUUGGCCCUUAAUAUCGUUUUAACUAACUGACCUUUGCUUUACCUUCUAUUUUGCAAGCCAUUUUCAAUCCAGAAUUUAAAAAGUCCGGGAAAAUCCGGUAGUGCCAGGCUCCCGCGCGGCAUGAAAUUAGGCAAUGAGUGAGCUUAAUUGUCAGCGCCUGCUGCAGCGUUUGAGAUCUAUAUGAGAAUGGGGAAAAGAAUAAACAGCAUGAGAAAACAGUGAGGGGAUGGGAAGAGAUGGCAAGUGAACGCUAUCCUCUGCUUUCUACUGCUUCUCAACUUUUUUUGUGUUUUGUCUUUGGUGUUCCUCUCUCUUUCUCCGCUAAUCACUAUGUCAACGCCAUGUGGAGGAUCAUGAAAGAUGAAAUUAAGAGAGAAUUUAUGAUUAGACCUGUAACGCAUACGUAACGAUGGCGUUUCACACGAUUCAUUUCAGGUGAAUUAAUAAGGCAAGUUAAAAGCGGGCAAGAGCCAUAAUAGGACAGAUAGGGAACCAAAGGGCGUUGGCUGGGAUAUCUUAAUUUCAAAAAAGUUAUUUUUAGAACUAUGUGGACCAAGCGGAAACAGCUUCCGGUAAACUGGUUGACUUCCGGAAAACUUGCUUUCACGAUUUCAGCGCGUCAAAGCGAGGCGGCGUCAACAAAUUUUAAAAAAUGGCGGCAGAAGUGGAGGGACGAUGUGGAGUUGAUAAAUUGGCCUUCUUCAACAAAGAACCUACCGUAGAAACUGCUUAAAACUUCUACACAAAAGGGUCCUUUACAAGCAACGGUAGAAAUCGGUUAAAGCGACCGUGUGACCAUCGUUUCUGUUUGAACAGCUGGAAAGGGGACAAGUAGCAUUGCAAUUUACGGCCCGGAUAAGCGUUGAAGACAAGAUGCGCGGGUCCUACAAAGACGACCGUACAAGCAACCGUGUGGACGUAUUUUCUAUUGAAAGAGUACGGAAAAGAACGUAUAAAGGUUUCCUGUAUUUUUUGUCAAGGACAUGACCGGGAAUCUUGUGGAACACACCUUUUCCUGCUUAACUGAUAUUUUGUUCCGCACUUCACAUUGGAUAAUUAGCAAUUCUUUAUUGAACACGAGGUUAAUAGAAGCGGAGGUUAAAGGGACUGGUUCACGAUAAUGCGCAUGCGCGCCGUUUGGCUCUUCAGAAUAAAUUUGUUGGGUCAACACUAAAUUCGAAAUCGCCAUUACCGGUACAAUCACUGAAAAUCCUUCGUUUUAUUCGGACAUCCGUCGCUUUGGCUGGUCUAGUUAUACUUCGGUAGUGGUGAUUAACGUGUGGUUGUGUCGUUUGACUGGUUACGUUUUAAGAAGACGCAAAAAAUAAUGUUUUGAUCAUGGAGGUUCAGAAGAGCAUCGUGGCCGUCCGGCAACAGGACGUUCUCAAGAGUCUUAGGAGAAAGAGAAGCUUAGCCUAUCGAUCUGGUAUGGUUCUAGGAGUAGUGUGUGGCUUACGAAAAGAAUGCACGACACUUGGAAAGUGGUUAAAGGCAUGAGUUCGUUCAACUUUGAUUUGAUUUUUGACUCCGACCUGUAGUUAUACCGCAACAGGCCGCGUGAUCUUCACCGAUCUGGUACACUUGAAAUGUUCCUUGUAUCUUUGAUUUACGAUCGUAUAUGUUUAAGAAUUGAUGUUUUUAAAAUAAAUUGUUGCCUGAAUAUUCUGUUUAUAAUGUAGUUUCUUUAUGUGUGCGACUCGAUAACAUUUGUUUUGCGGAACACUGACCCGAUGUAACGCGAAUGAAUUUGUUCAUUUGCUGCUAAGCAUUUGAAAUUUAUGCUCAUUUAAGGAUAAUCUUUAUACUCAUACGUUGUGUGUUUUUGUCACCGGUCAGGCGGUAUUUGUAGGUAUUUCAGGGUUUAAAUAAGGCGAACUGAGAGAACAGUAAUAAGAUGUUUGUUGACAAAUUUUGUUUGCCGAUCGGUGACUGCUUUGUUAGCGUGGGUACGACCUCGUAAAAAUACACGUUGGUAAAUGUUUGUUUCAAAGUAGGACAGGGCUGUAAAUCUUAUUCUUAUCGGCUGCAACAUAUAACUGAGGAGUAGCAAAGAAUAAACUUGAAUUAUGGGAAUAAAUCAAAUCAAACCAAAUGCCCGGAAAUACUCUCGCGUCGCGAACAAUUAAUUUGAAUUUUGUAAAUUUACUUGCGUGCAUCUAACUCGCUUCCGAUUGGUUGAAAAACAAUCAGCUACUGUCAGAACUCACACAUGCGCAUUACCGUGAACCAGUCCCUUUAAUAUUCCUAAAUCAGUAAAGAAACCAAAAAGCUCAAUUUGAUUGACGGAUCAAAUCAUGCGUGGAAAUCGGUAAACAAUAGGUUUGAUCUUACAGAAUUUUCAAACAUUGGAAAUCAAAUCGGCAUGAAUCGGAAACAAUAGCUUAAUGUAUUAUAUGGAAUCGCCAGGAGUUUAAAUUGUACUUGCAAGCCUAAGAAGAAAAGUAGAGCUUUGUUUUCAUCUGUCGACUCGCCAAGUUAGGGAAAAAGGUUUUUUGUGCAGCUAAUUUGUGUUGUUCUUCGUAAGGGCAGACAAUGGUGGCCCGGCCGGUUGCUCGAGGUAAGGAGCCGUUUCAGUCUGUAGUUUUCUCUAUCCUGUUUAAUUGAAAUCUUGAGCUUUCGUUAAGAUUUGCUUUCAUUUUUUUUCUCAUAAGUAAGUUGAAUUUGAUUUCGGGGGAAAAUUUGUCUUUAAAGGAAAUGUUGAGUUCACACACCUUGUACUCGAUUAAACUGUAAUUGUCAACAUUCCAUCGAGGAAAAAAUACUGCUAACGUUAAUCCGAAAAGGCUCUUUUGAAACUUUGAAGUCUUUUCAUACCUUAAAAAAAAUGGACCCUAGGAUUUUCCAGAAUUCUGAAAGGUUCUCCCUCUAAAAAGAUUGACAAAACACCGAGCUAACGCAUUAUUUACUCGCGAGGCUCAUAAACCUGUAAUAAUUAACCUUUACAGAUCCUGCACCACAAUGUGUAGGUGAGAACAACCCCAAACAUUUGUUAUGUGUGUUAAAUAAUAUAAACUUGCUGCAUGGAUAAUAAAUAUAGGGGUUUCGAUGCAUAGGACCUUUUGAUGUUGUGUUUGCCACUUAUUGAUCCAGCAAGUUUUGUUUACUUUAGUAAGCACUCAUGGUUUUAGGUGUCGGCUGCUGAGUGUAGUCUUUUCUUUUUUUCUCUAUAGAAAGCACUCAAAAGUGUUACUUAAGAAUAUAAAUAAGUUCAAGCUGUGUAUAGCUUCUUGUUUAUAAUUAUGUCUUAUUUCUUGUACCUCCCCUCCUCAGUGAAAGCCUAAUUAACUCAUUUAUACUUGAAUGGUGAAACCUGUAUUAUGCAGACCCCAUAUUAAGCAGACACCUUGUAUUCAGCAGUCGAAUAGCUCAAAAUGUGGCAAAACGUUUCUUUCCAUAAUUUAAGAGAAACAAACCUCUACUUAGUGGAUAUCUGUAAUAAGCAGAAAGCAGCAAAGCUUGUGUGAAUGCCCGCCCAAGUCUCAUUAUACAGGUUUUUUUUUUUUUAUUUGUAACAACCUUUAAUGCAUAAAAAUAGAUGGUAAAAAGAAGGAUGAGUGAGGGUGUAAAGAGAGAACUGAGUCCUAAUGCCAGGCUGGCUCCCUCCCUGAGGAUAUAAUUGAAAAUACAACAUGUAAAGGUUUCAUAAAACUGGUAUGUGAGCAGUCUCUCUUCAGCUCGAAAAUCUGUAAGCGAGAUUAUUUGAGCAGCGAAGUCGCACGAAUUGUGAGGGCGCAAAUUCGAAUACGCUGCUCAAAUACUCUUGCUUACAGAUUUUCAAGCAAAAGAGAGACUGCUCGCAGUCUAUAUGUCUUUCAGUGUCUGCAAACUUUUCUGUUGUUUUCUGACAGGUUGAAUUGAAGGAACAAUAUUACUAGCAAUCAUGAAUUCUCUUUUAAGAUGUCUGUAUGACCUUGCCACGGAAUUGAAAGUGGGGAAAAUAAAGUACAAGUCUGACAAACAGUGCAAGUUCUAUAUUUUGGGGCAAGGGAGCACUUAUUUAUUUAUUUAUUAUUUUUUAUACUUUUGUUAAACUAUCUGGCUGCCAAUGCAUUUGGGAUUUGAAAUUUGAGGAAUACUGGGAAGAGUGUGACCAACUGAGUGACACAUGUUAUCGUACACACUAAAUUAAUAUCAAUUUGUCUCCUUCUAGAUACUUUCCUUGACAUUGCCUCUCUCAAGCCAUGGCAUGAAUAGAUACACUGAUUCAGUCACAGACUAUGUUUUAUUGCUCCAGAAUGUCUCUCUCAAUGCAACCCAUGCAGAUGCAUAAAUUGAUUAACUCACCAAUGAAAGAAACUUGACCUAAUUAAGAGGUCAAGGUGUGACCAAAGGAAGUUCUUAUUGAUUUUUAUGUUACUGUGAUAUGAAGGUCAUAUGCUCAAAUACUGAUCAGCUUAACUGAUAAUAACAGCCUCAAUUUCCUGUGAUGUCUUAGUGGUUGCAUGGGGCCUGUUCAAUCAUAAUGUGCAGACCAACAUGUGAGUUUAUUAGUAUAUUUAAAGGGAAAGAUUGGGGUGUCAUGGUGCAGGAUGCCUUAAAAGCAAAAGAAACUUGCUCUGCCUGCAGACUCGGCUUUAAGAGCAUUAGAAUGAAACAUUAAUAUCAAUAAAGUCAAUGUUUAAACAUGCUGAAAUGCAAAAAGGUGCUCACUUUACUAUUGUCUGUACUAUACUUCUGAUUGGUUUAGGCAGCAAAAUCAAGAAAACUUUGCAACGCAGCAUGCAUAUGAAUCCUUAUAACAAAUUCUUAUGAGUCUGAAUAAAACAGGCAUGCCGGGAACAAAAAAUUAAUGUAAAGUUUUCUUCAGUUGGCUAUUGUUUGCAGCUCUUAUGACUGGUUGAAACCUUUUAACACAAAGAAAAUACCCCUUUAAAUGGGUAUGGAUACAUUUAUUUUUGAAAACAUUUUUUUGUUUUUCUCAAAAUAUGGUUAGAAACUUUUCAAACAUACUGAGCUAUUCAUCUGCUUAACAUAGAAUGUAACUUUUAAUAUGGAGUCUGCUUAAAUAUACAGGUUUUGCCGUUCACUAUGGAAAAUGAGUAAUUAGGUUUGUAUUUUUUUCUAUGUGGGAGGGGAGUAUGAAAAAUAAGACACAACUCAGUAAGAAGCUAUACAAAGCUCGAACUUAUUGCAAUAGUUUUUAUUCUUAAUACUUUGAGCACUUUCUAUAACGAAAAAAAGAAAAGACUACAUUCAGCAGCCGACACCUAACACCUGAUGAGUGAUUAAUUACUAAAAUAGGGAAAAAAAUAGGGGCAAACACAACAUCAAAAGGUACUAUGCAUCCUUGAAUGCCUGAAGCUUGAAUUAUGCUGUGGUACAAUUUGCAUUCAAACCCUCUACAUUUAUUAUACGUGCAGCAAACUUAUAUUAUUUAACACACAUAACAAAUGUUUGGGUUGUUCUUACCUACACAUUGUGGUGCAGGAUCUGUAAAGGUUAAUUAUUACAGGUGUAUGAGGAAAAUAUGAGGCUUGGUAAAACCACAUAAAGUAAAUAAACUCCAGGUCAGAUUAUCAUACUGUCGUAUUUAUUUCAACACCGUUUGCAACAUGAAAAAAACACAAAUAACCUUGCACAAAUAAAGCUUGUACAAGCAAAAAUCGUUUCUUUUCUUCACAGGCUGGGAAACAGAAUUUAAAGUUCUGGCGAUUCCAUAUAACCCAGUAGGCCAUUGUUUGCGAAAGGAUUUUUUAACUGCGAUUUGAUUUGCAAUGUUUGACAAUUCUGUAAAGAUCAAACUUUUGCACAUACCGAUUUUCACACACGAGUUGAUCCGUCAAAACCGUCAAUAAAAUCGAACUUGAAUGGUCUCCUUACUGGUUUUCAAUCUUGGUGAAUAUUUGGCUUUAGGAAUAUUAACCUCGCCGCGAAUAUUCCGCUUCUAUUCACCUCGUGUUCAAGAAUAUUAAAGAGCUUAAUUGUUAAUUGUCCAAUGUGAAGCACGGUACAAAAUAUCAGUCAAAGCAGGAAGAGGUGUUUUCCACAUGAUUCCUGGUCAUGUCCUUGAGAAAAAUACUAGAAACCUUUAUACGUUUUUCCCUUCCUUUUUCAACAGAAAAUACGUCCACACGGUCGCUUGUACGGUCGUCUUUGUAGGGCCCGCAUGUUGUGUUCAACGCUUAUCCGGACCGCAUUGCUACUUGUCCUCUUUCCAGCUGUUCCAACAAAAACGAUGGUCUACGCGGUCGCUUUAACUGUAUUUCUACCGUUUGUUGUAAAGGAUCCGUUUGAGUAGAAGUUUUAACCCAUUUCUAUGGUAGGUUCUUCGUUGAAGAAGGACAAUUUAUCAAGUACACACCCUCCACAUCGUCCCUCCACUUAGGCAGUCAUUUUUUUCAUUUAUUGACCCCGCCUCGCGUUGGCGCACUGAAUCUUCCGGAAGUCAACCAGUUUACCGGAAACUUUUUCCGCAUGGUCCGCAUCGCUCUAAAAAUAACUUUUUUGAAAUUAAGAUAUCCCAAAGGCGUGACUGGCAGAGUCUUUCUCUGUCCUAUUAUAGCUCUUGAAGCGGAGAACAGCAAAAAAAAAAAGAAGAAGUAAUUGAAAAUGAAGGGAAACACCAGAAACAAAGAACUGGGAAUGGAAAGAAACAGAGCAACACUUCACAGAGGAUGCAAUUGAGGGUCAAUUGAGUGACUUAAUAAAUUUGAUAAGAAAUUUUUUUAUAAUCGUUCUUCGUGGUCUUCCGUUACACUCAGUGUAAAGCAGAACCUCCUUUGAAACAGUUUAGGUUACCUCUUUAGUCCCACAGCCUCGAAUGUCUUUCCUCCUUAGCUUGUUACAGAUGAUUUGACACAUUUGAGUUAAACCACUUUCAAAUGUCACCACUACAGCAUGAAGCAUAAAAUUAUUUCAAACACACGUCACAAUAAAAAGAACAAAACUUCUUCGUUUACCCGACGUAAGUGCACUUUCUGGUUUUGAGCAAAGAAUACCCCUUUCAAAAAAUUAGUCAAACACUUGUUUUUGGUCAUAUGUUUCAACAUUCGAUAAGUCCCUUUGCUUCGGAAUAUUCCGCCGGAAGAGACGGAAGAGCAUGCGAUAACAUCUUUGUUCACGGCUGAAGAGAAGGGACAACCGGAAAUACAUCAACGUGGCUUUAGCAUGCAUCGCAGGCUUGCAAUCUACACUUUUUCGACCUUUUGCUCAAAACUUGUACUUGCGGUACCAUGUUGCCGGUAAAACAGGCAAUUUCUAUUUUUUUUAAAUUUUAAAAUACACUUUAAGCAGAAUUAAAUAUAAUAACCUAGAUAUAUAACACUCAUACAUGAAUUUUAAAACAUAUUUUCCAUUAUAACCUAUAUCAUAAACAUAUAUCAAGAUAAUCUAACCUGUUUCUCCUACCAUUGAUCUGAUCGAUCCAUCGGCAACCUCUCCACUGAAUGUCCUUCGACCAGCUUUGUUCCAAAAUGCUUACCGUCUCAGUUCACGUAAUGCCCACAUUCGUGAAAUCUUUGCCGCCACUUUUCCAGUUUCCCGGGCUCAUGUUCUGACUUUGGCUCUUUCCACGGUUGGAGGUGAAUGGCCGUAGAACUCCGAGGUUAUCAAAAAAAAUGCCAUUCAAAAUAUUUUUGUGGAUCACAAUUAGACUUGUUUUCCUUCGAAAAGGAGAAGUUCCGGUAAAUCCUAAGAACUAAAGCCUCACCGAAAAACUCGCAUGCCAUUAAGCGCGCCAUUGGUUUUCAGUGACCAAGCACGACCUCUAGGCUUUUGUACAUUAUGCUAGCAUUUUUUCGAGCAUUUUAGUGAGGCAAAAGCAUUGAGCAUUAUUCGAGCAUUUUAGUGGCAUUUUCCCCGGAAAAUUAUUUUUCUGAGAAAAUAAAUAGAAAUUAACUUUUUUCAGGAGCCCAUGCCCCAUGAGCUCCUGCUUUUUUAAACAAAAUGAAGAAUAAAACUCAAAAUUCACAAAAAACCUAAUACAGCUGGUUUUUUUUGGCUGUAUUUAUGAACUUGUACACGUUUUCGUUGUUACUUGCAACACUUGCACGUUUUUGUAAGUGUAAAGUCUGAAAUUAAAUAAAAAAAACCGUUUGUAUAAUGAGCAUUAUCCGAGCAUUUUAGUGACUUUUUGGGGAGACCGAGCAUUUUAGUGGGAAAAAUGGAGCAUUAAGGUGGAGCAUUUUAGUAGGGAAGCAAAAGCCUAACGACCUCUAAGUGUAAUUUGAUAUGAUAUUUUUAUUAUUGUUUAAUUCUUCAACAUGUUUAAAAAUUUUCCUUGAGAUAUAAACUAGCGUAACAGUUUGGGCAUUUUUCUCUUACCAUCUGCUUACCUCCCGUGAUAAUGGAAGCAUUAAAUCCCAAAGUGAAAAAAAGGAAAACUCGAAAACAAAUGAAACUUACAUGUGUCUGUUGAAUUGGUUAUUACGCGCAAACGUCACGGAAGGAAACUACAAGUGUCAUCUUGCCAUUGGUUUAUUUGCGAAAUAUUCUGUCGUAUUAACAGUCCAUUGGCGGUAAGCUGUUAGUUCUACUCAGCUUAUAUAACAAGUCUUGUUUGUGAGUAAAUUUCUAACCUUCCUCGCAGCUGUAUCAGAAAGAAGGUAAAUGCAACAGGAUAUUAUCAUUAAUUUUACGAUUUACCACAAUUUGAUUUAGUGGUUGAAAGAGGAACAUUUCGAGUUUUAUCACAGGUUUGAUAUUCAAUUCCCCCAUGCACGCGAAAUACAUAACCCUAUGAUUUAUACACGCAAAAUAAGUUUGUUACGCUGAAGUAUAAUGAUAUGAUAUUUUUGUUAAGUAUAAUACGCUGAUGUAGUAUUUAUAGACUUUUCAAAGGCUUUUGACCUUGUCUGUCAUAAUAUUCUAUUAACCAAACUUUACAAAUAUGGUGUCCAUGGAGACUUGCUAAAUUGGUGUAGAGAUUAUUUAACAGAACGUCAACAGCGUGUUGUAGUGAAAGGAGAGGCUUCCGACUGGUUAACCGUAGCCUCUGGUGUCCCACAAGGUUCUUUGUUGGGACCGUUAUUCUUCAUAGUCUACAUCAAUGAUUUACCAGGGGGUAAUUACUAAGGAAAGUUCAAUUGCUCUGUAUGCUGAUGACAGUAAAAUGUAUAGGGUUAUUAGUACUCAAGAAGAUCUGUCUACUUUUCAAAGUGACAUAGACAAAAUUUCAGAUUGGUGUAAGAUGAAUAAGAUGCGAAUUAAUACCAAGAAAUCUAAGAUCAUGCGAAUAACCAGGAAAAAGUCACCAUUAGUUGGGGAGUAUAAUAUUGAAGGUCAGCCUUUGGAAACUGUUGAUGCGUAUAAAGAUUUAGGAUUAUUUACUACCAGUAAUCUUUCAUGGAACCAACACGUAGAUAAAAUAACUGCUAAGGCUAAUAGGGUUUAGGGUUGGUUAAGAGGACUUGUAGGGACUUAAAGGAUAUUGAUACCAUGAACACACUUUAUUGCAGUCUUGUGAGACCUUUAUUAGAAUAUUCAUGCGAAACUUAGAACCCUCAUACUAAACGUAACAUUGAUAAACUGGAGGCUGUUCAGCGAAGAGCUACCAGAUGGAUCACUAGGUCUGAUGAUGAUUAUGAUACCAGACUAUCUAAGCUAAAAUUGUUGUCAUUAUCUAAUAGGAGGUUCACAAGAGAUGUUACGUUUUUUUUUUAAUGUAAUUAAUGGACAUUAUGAUAUUGACAUUUCAAAUAAGCUCAUAUUUUGUAAGGACAGAAAUACAGGUUAUAACUUGAGGAAAAAUGACACACAGGACCUUGUUCCAAAUUUUAGUAGAACUGAUGGUUUUAAAUAUAGUUUUUUUUAACCGUGUUGUAGAUGAAUGGAAUGGUUUACCCAACCAUAUUAGAGAAUCAAACAGUAUUGCAACUUUUAAAAGGAAUGUGUUAAGCUUUAUUAAGGAUAACUAGAACAUUUAUAUUUCUAUUUGUAUAUAUUUUUCUUAUAUGUUAAUUAGUGCGGGCAUCCCUAGUAUGGCGCAUUAGUGCUUUUGGUUGUCUCCUUCUCCACAACUUUUUAUUUGUUUGUUUUUUUUUUUUAAAGUAGUGUUAGCUUAUUUCAUUAUUUGCUUGUUAUGCAUUGGAGUGAAUCUGUAAUAAAUCUAUAAGAAGAUAGUAAAAAAAUAUCUAUCAAAUUACACUUAGAGGUCGUGCGUGGUCAUUGAAAACUAUUGCGCACUUUAGCUUGCAAUUCUCCCGGCCGGUGUGUCCUUCUUUCUUAGGAUUUACCAAAGCUUUUCCUUUUCCAAGGUAAGCUAGACUAAUUGUGAUCCACAACGGCAAAGUAGUACAACAAGUACAAGGUUAAAAAAGUGCAGACUUUGGAAUCAAUCAGCCGUGAACAAGAUGUUAUCUCUUCUCUCAUGACCAAUUAUUAUAUUUCACAUGCUCUUCCGUCUCAUUGGAGGACGGGUAGAAUAUUCCGAAGCAAAGCGACAUUAAGAAAUCGAGUGUUGAAACAUGUGACAAAAAAAAACAAGUGUUUGACUUAUUUUUGAAAGCGGCUAACAAUAUGGUAUUCUUUGCGUAUAGACGAAAGUGCACUUAUGUCGGGUAAACGAAGGAGAAGAGUGUUUUUCUUUUUCUUAUAACGUGAUGUUUUAAAUGAAUUCAUGCUUUAUGUUGUUGUGGUACGGUCUGCGAAAGGGCGCUAGAAAUAACAUCGCACGGCACGGAAGAAAAAUAAACAUGAUAUGAUGCAUUUGAGUUAAACCAGUCCAUUGGCGGUUAAGCUCUUAGUUCUACUCACUUGAUAACACAAGUCUUGUUUGUGAGUAAAAUUUAGUGGUUGAAAGGAGGAACAUUUCGAGUUUUAUCACAGGUUUGACUUUGAAAUCCUCCGUGAACGCGAAAUAACCUUAUGAUUUAAAAAAUAAAAAAAUAGUAAUGAAAAAAAGGCAUAUAUUCUUAAGAAUACAGCAUGUUCGUUUUGUCUUAUUUUUUUUUAUAUUUCCAUGUAUCAUGUAACCCAAAACCUGGGUGACGUCACCACGUUGUUUACAAGUGUGAAGUGAUAUCGAUCUAUAUAACCACUCUCAUUUGUUAAUGCGCGGAACGUUCCGCUGCAGACCCGUAUCAUGUUACUUUAAGACCCUUUCAAUAAACCCACUAUUCCAAAAAAAACAUGAUAAAAUUGGAAAGUACAGAUUUAAAUGGAGAAGUACAAAUUUAAAUGUAGAUCUGUUUAAAGGAUGAUAGAUUUAGAAGCAUUUCUAGCCACUUUAGGACGCAUAAAUUUAAAGUUUCCCCAAAGAAAAAUAUCGCUGGACUCCCUUAACAUGCUUACUCUCAUAGAUUCGAUUCUCUCUUGAUUCGGUUUAACGCCACCACUCUCAAUCCUUCUCUGGAUCCGCGGAUUAUUCUGAUACAAAUGACAGAAAUUUUCACUGCAUUAGGUAUUUUAGAGGUUUCCACCAGUUAUAUUAUAGCUUUACAUUUUUCUCUUAGUGGUAGGUCUGGUUCAAAGACCUUUCAUGCAAAACGAUUUUUACCACGAGGUGGGGACGUCAAGGAAGGAGUGGAAGCCAGAGAAGUAAAUUCAACGUACAGUUGGACUCAGGUAGAUGGCACCGAAUUUACACUCGGUGUAGUCGUACCAGUAGCCUACUCGAAGGAGAAACUUAAGGCUGUCACAAUUCCAGAAGGUUAGUUUGCUGGAGAGUAUUGCUGUGUAAUUUUCCUAAUAAUCAAAACUGCUUAUUAUGGACAUAUACCGGAAAUUAGAGGUGCUUAUGAUUAUGGAGGUGAAUCGACCUUGCUGUCUUUGCAAUCAAGAAAAGUCUCCGCAAUAGAGAGGUCUCUCCGUAUGGGGAGGUUUGACCGAAUCAGUGAAAGCGCAUUUUCGUAACGUCAAUACGCUGAGACUGUCCAAUUUAAUUCCGGAUACGCUUCGAAUUUGGUAAUGUUUGGACAAUUAAGCCCCAACAUUGCUUCGCAACUGCCAACGUAGUCCAGCCCCACAAUAAAAGGUGUAGCAUGUGAGCUUUCAGUACCCUUAAGAGCCGACAGCCGCAAUUUUUAAGACUAAAACCACCUGAGAUUUGUUAUCUUUAAAUCCCAAAGGUUACAAGUUUCAGUAUCACCGGAUCGAUCUUCAGUCCUUAGAAAAGCCGUGCAGUCAUUUCGGAGUAAAUGCAACAAAAGGUACUAAUUUCAAGUCAUAACAUACGCUAAAGACUUCCAAAUUCCCGCUGUUAAUAAAACCUGUAUCAUGAAAGUGAAAAAAAAAAGACUGCGAUGAUCGAUUGUAAAUAAAAAAGGAAAUAAUCUGGUCCUACCCUCGUCUGGUGUUUCAACGAGCCAAAAAUUCGAGGAAUUUCCAAGGUUUUUUAGGGGCAAGAAAACACGACCAUUUUACUUUUCGGAAAGAAAGGGAUACCUUGAAUUUUUUUUUUCAGAGGCAAAUAGUUUUUCAGGCAACAGGAAAUCACUGGAAGAGUAAGCCUUCUGGAGUAAUAUCAUUGCUGAAGACUCACCGGAAACUUAACAAGCUACUCACCCAUAAACACCCUUUCAGAAAGUCUUAAGCCUUUAUAAUUUCCGCAUAUCCUUUACACUGACCAAAGAAUGAUAAUUCCACCUAACUAUAUAGGCAGAUGAAUUCUGUGUUUUUUACUAAUAGGUACAACGGUUGUAAAAUUUGCUCCUGGAGCUUUCGAAGACACUUACGAAUAUAUAGGUAAAAAAGAGAGUAGGGCAGAUUUGGAGUUGCUCAAUGCUUACAUGACUGACGUUACGGGGACGAUCAAAAGUCCGGGUUUAAAACCGGGAAUACGGGACACAGUGACCGCUACCUGGAAAGUGGAAGAGAUUUGGUCGCGCGAAAAGACUGAGCUGACACAAUAUUUGGUGUGGAGAUAUAUUGGAACAGCAGAUGGGGUUUUCAGACAGAUUCCUGGUGCUGUAUUUCAGAAAAGUUACGAUCCCAGACAAAGACCCUGGUAAGUGAGAACUCUCCUCUUCACCUCUUGAAUCAGGCUCUAUAUGUAACAUUAGAUAGGCCGCUUGAUACUGUUUUAUCAUCCAAAUUUUCGAAAGGCUAUCAUUCCGUCUCCAGUUAGAAUAGACAGAAUCACGGGGCCAAGAUCUCAAUAAGACUCAUCAUAUAAUAGUCAGUGGUCUGCCUGCCUCCCGCGGAGGGAGGUAACGUCGGAGAUAUUCCACCCUUGCGGUUCAGUUGUACUUUAUGAAGCUUGCUUUUUUCGUUUAUUUUUCGAGGUAUAGUUGGAAAAUUGUUGAUGUUGUCUAUUGUAGGCCAAUUUGUGUGACCGCAGUCCUCACUGGAGCUUAUGUUGACUCAGCCCAGGCUGUUAUUAAGUCGCCCCGAUCUGAACCAGGACUGGUUUAGGGUAGACGACACUAACACUGCGUUUUGCAGGUGUCCUUUUCAACCUUUUUAUCAUCCUCUUAAGUUCGGGAAACACCGCAGCACCUUUGGAAGGUUUUUUCUGGGAUCCUGAGUUGGACCCGUGACUUCUAGAUUUUCUUUCCUGUGUCAAUUUGAAUCUCUUUAAGAACCCAUUCUUGUCCAUUCUGGGCAAUCAAAGAGUGCAAGUACUUCUCUUUUUCGAAGCUGAUGGUUUAGUGUUUUAACGAUAUCCAGUUUUCUUGCCCAGGUUGGCGUGAGGAAAACUGAUUAGUAGUGCCUGAGUGUGCACAGUUCUCUUGACAACAGUUGUUGAUCGUGCGGGAUUCAUUACGACUUCCAGUGGUUGUUUUUUUUUUUUCCCUGCUCGAUGGUGAAGCUGAUGCUGGCAUGCUUUUCAUUGAUGUGGUAGAAAAUCAUAUUUUAUUUGUCUUGUUCACAACUCCGGUUUAUCUAUCCUUGCUUUAAGACUUUUCCAAUGAAGAUUUCCACUAAUAUUGGGUACUGCGGGGAAACCCUAGCCAUACUUUAGGUUUGUUCAUUGACUCGAUUGCACUGCUUGUAACAGUAACGUUGUGGCUUUGUAUAGCAGCAAAACGGUUCUUUUAAACAUAAACAAACGAUAGUUUAAUCCAAUUAAGUCACUUGACUGAAAACUCCUAUACAAGAUCGCGAGCAAGUGUAAAAUAUGGCACUCCAUUGGAUAACAACUAUCACUUGACUUUGCAGUUUCAUACAUCCACGACCAGCCAUAUCAACAAUACCAUAUAAUCAACAAUACCAUAUAAUCAGGGGUCAUUGGUGAGCGUUCUGACCAAAUGGGAGUCAUUGUCUGUCCUGUAAGUGAUCAAAAAGGGUAAUUUUUUUGCUUGGGUGUCACUGGUUAACUGGGCAGCGAUAUCAUAUGACGUCUAGAUAUCGCCAUUAUCGAGUGUACUCUUUCUAGUCAUGUCCACGAGGUUCAGUGUUGGAGGUGUUUAUUUUUCUCGUCACCUUGCCCCACCCACAGGUUCAGAAACGGUGGGUGAUCCUAGGGAGAGCUAAUAGAUCUCUAUUUAAAUCGUCUCCCCGGAGGCGACGGCAAGCAUCUUCAUGGUUUUAGGAGUUCUGUAGAACCGCCGGUGGCGUCUAAAGUAGGGAAUCUCUUUAUUCUUGGCAGAUAUCCCUGGAUUAUGUCCUUCACUUUAUGUGGCUUUCAGUUUCCUCUCGUGCAGGUGACCUUUCAGGUUGAGAUUGCUCGGAACUGUAGGAGUGCAAGUGUUCUUAUGUGGAGUUGGCAGUUUCUGGCGUUCUGAGACGCACUCAUGCUUGGCCAACAAAGGCUUUCAAUUUGUCAGAAGAAGGAAUGAAAUGUCCUUAAUUGGGCGCUUGGGUAUUUCAUCUCUACUAAAACUGGACUUAGGGUGCUAAGAAUUGGAAAAAAACGACCUGGUCUCAAAGAUAUCGCAUCCUAACUGCUCUACGUUUUGACGCAGGGCUUUUAUGGCACUUACAAUCGACAAUCUGUCGGGAUAUUGUUGGCAGCGAUUACGAAGUUUAAACCUUUCGAAAGGACUUUUAUUUCACUGCUACUGAGUUUUCAUAAUAGUGCUCGCUCUCAUGCAGAGAAAGAAAGAAAAAGAAAAAAGCACCACACAUAAAGUUCACUUUAAUUGCGAAAUCAUCGGUCAAUCUUCCAGGCAUUCCAUUUCAGACUAACGAGAAUCCACGUUAUUGAACAAGACGCAAGGACAAUAAUAAUAAAUAAAUAACGAUACAUGCAAUACGUUAGUUUAGAGGAAGGAGAGAGGAAUACAGAGGGAAACGAAAGACGUCGAAGGGGCAAGGACGAAAGCGAGAACCAGCAACAAACUGAACAACGUUUGAGAUUCGAAGCCAGCCUAUUUUGAUGAGAGGCAUGUGCUGUCAGUUAUACAUGUACGUCACCACAUCCUCUGGAAGUUGCAAGGCUGAUUCUGUCGCAAACUAUUUUAUGGGUGCUGAUGAUUAACAAAAAAUAUUUUAGGUGUAUAUGCCGUCUAUCCUUGGCCUAAUUGUUAUUUUCUUUAGUUUUUGGGUGGUAAUGUUUGGUCAUGGUAAAAAUUAAAUUUAAACCAAGAUUAAAAUUUUUGUUAUUCAUGAUUUGGUUCACUUAGGUAUUAUUCGGCUUUGGGUAACACUGGCCUUCUCACUCUCACGACCCCAUAUUUGGACGCUGGCCAACCUAAUGGCAGAGGCGCUGGAGUGAUUAUAACUGUCGCCCGCUCCCUAUACCGCGGGGAGUCAAGUCACCAUCAUCACACAAAUGACGAGGUUCUUGGAGUUAUGGGAGCUGAUUUUUCAUUGGCCUAUUUCUACAGGUUAGUCCAAGCUUACACAAGCUCAGUGGAUUUAGGGAAUGUCCAUUUUUGUCAUGCUGUUGGACCAAAAACUGAUUAGAAAUAAUGAAAUAAUUUAAUAAAUGUUUUAUUUCACUAAAAACUGAAAGCGAAAUAAUAUUACAUUCUUAUGACACAUUUCUUGGUCUUAAUUUGUUUGGCUGGACACAGACAAAAAAAAUAAAAAAUUAGACGUCCUAUUAUUUGGUCGUUAUUAGAUAAAUGAUUAUGUGUAUCAAUUUUUAUGAAAUCUUCAGGCAGUUUAAUGGUUUAGUUAAUUAUUAUUUGCCUCAGCAUUUUGGAUGUUUGUGAUUUUCCGCUGCUAUCAACUAAACAUUUGAAUUUUUAGAUUGCUCACUAAAGUAUAUCCAAAGUGCAGAGAACGAAAAUUCUAUUCUUGCUUCGUUAUGGACAGCGCUGGAUUCCUUAUCAUGCACGAAGACUUCCUUGAACAUUCCGAAAUUGCCCAAGACUUGGAAUAUGUUCAUAUUACUAAUAAAGAAAAGAAUAUUGCGGAACAUCUCAUUACAAAUGGCUACUUGAAAAAACGGGAAUGCCGCAAUCUUAAAGAAAUCCAGAAGCAGAGUUUUUAUGAGGUUGAUUUGCCAUAUGGAGGAGUUGACGUUCUGAAGAGUGGAGACAGCUGCAGUAAAUACCAACUCAACAAAAUUGUUGGAACUAAUGCUUACUUAGGUUUGUAAGUGAUUUUGUAGUCUGUGUGGGACAGUGGUGCUUGCACUCAGACGGUGACUGGAAUAUCUUGGUCUAGCUUUCAAACCAGUCAGAAAAAAUAGCAAAUCCCAAGGGGAUUAGUGGACUUUCUUAAAAGUCCUUAAAUUUUUUUUUCUGUUCGUCCUUGCGACCUCGUCGCACGUUCGGUUGCUGCUUGACCUCGUUGAAGCUCGCUUUGCUCGCUAAAAACCAUAUGAGAGAUCAACUUGUGGCAAGUCUAGGAGAUAAGGUACUACACGUUUUUUCAGAGCUAAUCACAAGUAGCCCAAGCUCGAAAUAUGAGCAUCGGCGAACAUCGGCAUUGUUGCGUAACAUUCAAAAUAUAAGGAUUUGUAUGGGAAAAAAAACUAUCGUUUCUGUAACCUACGAAUUUGAAAGUAUUUCAAUAAAAAAAACAGCUUACCUUACUUAAAAUGUGUGUUACGUCUCUCCUGUGUGGUCCACGGGCCGAUUAAGGUUGGAGACUGCAGCGAAGCGGCCCGACGGAUCCACCAAAGGAGAACGGCCGUAAAUUCGCUCUAACGGCUGCAGUCGCCUCCAAAUUCCGACUAGAUAACACGCGAUAGUUCUGCUUUCCAUUCGUUAUCUUUCUUGAAGAUGCCUUUGCACCGAGAGCGAAUCAAAGGUCGUCUAUCUUUGCAACCUUUCCUGUCUGAAGCCAUCGACAGAACCUUGGUUUGAACUUCGCGUUACCGUUGAAAGAUAACGACAUAGGCUGAGACUCAAAUUACUCACACUCGGGGUGGGAGACAGUCUCUUACUCCCGUUGUUUUCUUUCUUGGGUAUUGAUGUCAACGGAAGCAAGGGACUGUCUCCCAGCCCGAGUGUGGGUAAUUUGAGUCUCAGGCCGUGUCGCUAUCUUUCAACGGUAACGCGGAGUUCGAACCAAGGUUCUGUCGAUGACCUCAAACGGGAAAGGUUACAGAUGUAGACGACCUUCUAUUCCCUCUCGGCGCAAAGGCGUCUUGAAGCAAGAUAACGAAUAGAAAGGAGAACUAUCGUGUGUUACCUAGGCGGAAUUUGGAAGCGACUGGAGCCGUUGGAGCGAAUUUACGGCCGUUUUCCUUCGGUGGAUCCGUCGGGCCGCUUCGCUAGAGUCCCCAACCUUUUUAUAUAAAACCCCAUAAAUUGGCCAUAAAUCGGCCCCUGGACCACACAGGAGACAUGUAACACACCUUUUAAGUAAGGUAAGAUGUUUUCUAUUGAAAUUGUUUCAUUUUCGUAGGUUACAGAAACGAUAGGUUUUUUUCCUUUACAAAUCUUUACAUUUUGAAUGUUACGCAACAAUGCCGAUGUUCGCCGAUGCUCAAAUUUCGAGCUUGGGCUACCUGUCAACUAAUUACCAGAUAUACUUGAACAGGCCUUUUGCGAUAGUCAGUCACGUGAUGAAUUUUCUGUAAACAUGAAAACAGAUCGCUUUUGGAAAAUUUUGUUAGCAGUAAGUGAAAGAGCAUAUUAAAAUUAAAUAACCUUUGAAUCUCAAAAGGUGGAUUUGUAUGAGAAAAAUCAUGUUAUUGCCACCCAGUCACGCCUGAGUGGUGUCCUAUACAAAUCCUUGUAAAUUUCGACAUUUUUUAACUGUCGUUAAAUCUUUCCCUUACGCAUUUAAAGGCUCAAAUUGCUUCCAAUGAAUAUUUUACAACAGUUUGAAAAUGUCCAAAUUUACAAGGGUUUGUAUGGAAAACCACUUUAAAAAAAAAAGGUUUUUGGUACCAGAAAUUCCAUGAUGAUGUGGACUAGAACCAACACCCCCAUCUCGUCUGCUACACACAUUGGCUUUGAGGGCAAUGACUCCUGCAACUGGGACUUUUGUACUUUUCCAACUGCGAUGAAGAACUUGUCAGAAGCUAGGACUAUUGCUAUUUUUUUUAGACUUGCCUUUAAGGAGGCAGCAAGAGUCUUUUGUAGUUUCCCAUUUUAACAUGACUACGUAAAGCGACAGAGGUAGCGAGGGAAAAAGUGAUCAAAUCAAAUUGUACUGUUCUAAGUACCAAAGGAUUGGAAAGUGUUACCCACUUACAGAGACGUAUUUUUCCCCAGGAGUCGCUUUGAGGGAUUCAAUUUGUGCUGCUGAAUCAUGUACCUGUUCUUCAAAUAACGAGUGUUUCCGUCCACCCACAAAGUGUGAAUGUCCCUGUACCUCUCCAAUCAAAUUUGAAUAUUGCCAAAGUCAGUUCCCAAACAGCAGGUGAGUUUUGACUCCCCAGCAGGCCACUAAUGCAUUAGUACAUAAUUUAAGUUCAAAUGAAAUAAAAAAAUUACACACAACAACAUACAUACAUUGCAUGCAAAAUGGACUCAACCGUAUUAUUUUGUAAAAGUUACAAUUAAUUCUUCUAACAGUACAAUCAAUUUAACAGGGGCCACUUAAACAAAACUUUGUGUAGCAUAGAUUUGUUUUUACGUCUGUUCAUUUGCCUUUGUUGCCAUCUUAUUGUCUUUCAGUCUUCUGAUCUGCCCGGCUCUAGCACCUAAGUCACAAAACACAAGCAAUCCCAGCCUACUCCACUCUGGAAAGACGUGUCAUGACCCUAAUCUAUCGUUAGACAAGUGCUUUGAUCCUCACUGCAGUGAAAGAAACAGCUCUCAGACGUGCGAGGGAAUAGUCAGCUGUUACUGGUGUGUGUACAAUAAAGACAACGUCCCCUUAAAGAAGCCGUAUUGUGCAAGUGCCGAUGUCUGCUUUAGAGGAAAAGAAGGUUAGAGGAUACUAAGUCCUUUUCCGAUGCUUUUAACACUUAAAGAAUAACCAAUUAACGAUGUGAUUGAAAUCUUCGAAAAAAAUAGGGAUCACCUUCGCACCAAAUGUCUACCUUAUCUGUUUUACCUGAUUCAUUGAAAAACAACAACAGACGGCUCAACGCAGUUAAAGAAUUCAAUACUUUUAUUCAUAAUAUUAAUGUCUUGGAUGAUAGAGGCAAGCCAUGCUGGAGACUAAUGGGCAAUUAUGAAUUAAUCAGAAAAGCAUUGUGCGCUUCAUCUUGCCCGCUCGCAGGUGCAGGCAUAAAAUUAGAAAUAAGAAUGAACGUCGCCACGACCACCUCCUAUUAUUCUGUCUGUUGUAGAUAUAAUCUUAAUUGACCUUAUUAACUUUCUUCUAUUUUACAACAGCCCAACUGAUGCCACUCUGUGUCGUUCCUACCAAGUCAAAAAAGGAAAAUUUAGUUUCAAGCGGGAAUUGGUUUGGCAAAAAUUAUGCUGGUGCGUUGGCCGGGAUAACUGUUGUUGGUGUUGUCAUUAUAGUAGCACUUUCUCUUUUGGUAAGCAUUUACAGUCCCUUCCAUUCUGUGUAUUGAUUCAUGUCUUAGUUCAGGGAAUCUCAAAGUUGGUUCCCCUCGUCGAAACUUUGCACUUGCCUGAGCACUUUGACUCACUUUUAUUUCGCGUUUUUGAGUGAGACACACUUUAUUUCUUUGUCAAUGUUAUUUAACAUGUCCCUGAAUUUUAUCAAACAACUUAAUCAACAAUGUCCAAAUAAACAGAAACACAACUGAUUAUGGAAACAGUAACAAUACAGGGGCACCCAACGACAAUUUUCGGAAGAAUAUCUGUUCGGAAGACGAUGUGAGAUCUAGAAUUUUCGAAACAUUUGUUGUAAAAUUUCUUGCUUGCCUGCCUCUCCUAGGCUUUUCGAACAUCCAAAAAAUGGUAUAUUUGCCUAUUUUUAACGGAUUUUUACCCUAAAAAGGUCACCUAGAAUUUUCGGAAACCUUUUUUCUUGCUGAAAUUUCGAAAAGUUGAGUUUUGAUCCCUAUAAUUUUCGCAUCACUAGACUUUCAGCUAGGAAAUCCGAACAGAUGAAAAAUUUUUAGGGAAUAAAAAUAUGCCUAUAUCUACCGUUUAAGUACUAAAAUAUGUUUAACAAUGCUAUGUUUAAGUGGUUUUGAAAUAUAUUCUCGUUGGGUGCCCCUGACAAUAUUCCUUUCCCUGCGACCUGGAAGGCUUUCAUGUGUAUAAAGAGAUAUGGAAACCUAAGGUUGGAGACGUUCUUUCCAGCAUCCAUGAAAGAAACAACCAACAUCGAAUGUUACACUUGGUCAUUUCCCACGUGAGAUCAGCCGUUUUACAAGAUUUCUUAUUUCGAGGCGCAGAUGUCUUCGUGACCGUAAAGGACGCGCGCUUUCGACAAUCACCACUCAUAAAAGGAGGCUUGGAGAUUCCUGUAGAGGCGACAGUAAGAAUGAAGGCAUCUACGGAGAACGUUGAAGCAAUUGAAAGGCUUAAGCAACUAGUGGAACAGCAAUACAAGGAGCCAGUAAGUGGACAGUAUGAGGAUUGUACAAAAGAAGUGCUACCUGGAGUGGAGACGGAAAGCAGUAGUGAUGAAGAGGACCAGAACAUUACCACAGAAUAGUUCAAAAUGAUUGUUAUAAACGUCUGUAGUGGUAAUAAAGUCGCUUUUUUGAUUAUUGACAUAAUGUGAGUCACUUAACUUUAACGUCAUGUUAUUUUCGGGACAUUUAAUUUUCGCAUCACUUAAAUUUCGCGAUUUUUUUUAAAUCGCGAAAUUCGCGAAAUUAACGUGUCGCGAAAAUUUCAUAUAAUAAGGUAAUUUAGAGCUUUUCCGAAACGUGUGGGUUCACGAUUUCUAUCGCUUCAAAGCGUUAUUUACUUUUGGAACAAGUGGACACUACUGAGUGGUCGAAAAAAAAAACAAAAAUCUUAAUUAGUAAAACUGUGCUGGUCUGGUGUUAUAAACUUUCAUUGACUGCAAAUGGAUCUCGUGAUAAGCAUGCGGUUUAUUUUCGGCGAUGAUUGAAAUGACGUGCCAUUUAAAUCGCUUUUUUUGAUCUCUGGCAAAGAUGUAAUUUUUCUGGAAUCGAGGCCCUUGAAUUUUCGUGUAUUUAUACACGCGUAUAGCCUGCCACAGAAGAAGCAUUUCCGGUCGUCGCUAACAAGCGCACUAAAUCAAUUCAGAAACAAAUAAAAAGUAUCGACGCCGAUAAAGUAUGAAGUAAAAAACCUUUAGAGCGUAAAUCCUGUUUCGUGUAGAAUUAAUCGCCUCCUCUUUUUUCCGAUCCAAUCUCCAAACAAGCGAGACUGAAGGUCGCUGUAAGAGCGUUCUUGUUUAAGCAUAAAACAGACUGGAGUAUAAGUACUCCAUUCGCUGACAAGAUCUCAGUCCCUCGCAGGGUUACCUCAAACAAGUAUGUCCUAGUACACUUGUUAUACACCUGGGUUGGAGGGAGACAUAAGAAUAGUGCCAAGUCUCGUGUCUAGGGGAUUACAACGCUAUGACAAGGCUUCAACGGGUCUACAUAUUCCGUUACAAUAAUUUGAGAUGGCAUGAAAUUGAUAAUAUAUGGAUCUAGCCAGGGCUAAAAGCGAAGCUCCCAUUAAUAAAUUUAUCAUUUAAAUCAAACAAUAAAUUUGUAUUCCACAAAUCAGUUAACUUUAGAGCACAUUCAUGUGAAUUUGAGGGAAAGGCCAAGUGAUUUUAGAGAAAAGUGAUUUGCAAAUAGUCCAUCGAAUUGAUAGUCUUAUAUGUACAUACAAUUAAAAUCGCGAUCAUCUUCGAUCACAUUUAAGAACCCUAAUGGCUCUUGAUCACAGUAGACUAGGUCUGGAAAACAAAUUCUUGGAAAAAAAAAAUCAGGCCAAAUUUUUGGCGUUUGACAAGUUUUAAACUUUACAGAAUCCUGCCAACAAAUCUGGGGGCGUGUAAAUCAACUUUUUUAUACUUUUUAUACAUCAAAUCUGAGGUGAACCAGUACUAUGAGGCGCUGUUUUUAUCGUACAGACAUCGGACAGAAUGCAGUAGUUCACAGUUUUGCAAUACAAAUUGUACUGAUUUAACAUUCAGAGAGAUCGAAGCACGCGUGGACUUUCAGCGAAGCCUUUAAAAAAAAUUUCAAAAUCACUUAUAUGGCAAGCCGAUUCUCACUUUUGACGAGCGCCAAAUUUGCAGAGAGAGCUGAGUGUUUGAAUGAACAUUAAUAGAAUUACGCUUCAACAUAAUAAAGAACUUAUUAUGUUUGUUUUUUAUUCAAUGGUUUUAGACCGUUUGAUACGCGCGGCAUUUUGAGUUCUCCUGCAAGCAAUGUUCAUGAACGACUGAAAACAAACGGUAAGAGAGACUACUAACAAUCAAUAAAAGAAAUAUAAUUCGGUAAAACAUAUACAGAGACAACAAUUUUCAUUCACGAAUACAAGUAUUAAAGUGUCUCUAAAAAUCCUGCGUCUUCAAGCUUAAAGCUUAAGUUUAUGUUUUAAGCCUGCUUCCCGGUAUUUGCUAUUUUCAAAGAUGAACUCGAGGCAAGAAACGGCUAACGGCUUUUUAAAGUUCUGUAAGCUUAUAUAAACCUUGAUCGGUCAGAUCUCUCAAAUGUUACAAACGUGCAUAAACUAAAUAGCCGCAUCAACCACGCUCGACUUCAUUAAAUUAGAUAUAGAUCAUAUAGAAAACAAACAUCAAAGACAAUAAUUACUCAGGCUUACCAUUCGAUCGAGAUGCAGCUCCUGAAAGCUAUCAAGUAAGGCCAGAAUCGCUUCAUACUUUUCAACCCUCUUAAGCAUCAAGCAAGGCGAAAAACGAAAACGAUGCCAUCUGAAAUCGGAUUUCCGACUUUGACAAGCAACGCAUUUCUCAACCAGAUACCCAAUAAACAAACUAGCCAUGAAUAACAGAAGACUCUUGAUAGAAGCUGAAUUUCAUUUGGUACUCCCAGUAGAAAAAGACAGCUAAAAACAUCACAAGUUGACACAAACUCUCUCAGCGUCAGCUGUCAAAGUAAACAAGUCUCAAGAUGCAUGCUGCAUAAAAGUUUGCGCGUGAACUCACCUGUCAAAUUUUGACCAAUAAGAGCAUAAAAAUUGAACGUAGAGCGUGACCAACGCGUGACCAUGGCGAGAAGUUAAAAGCAACUGUCUUCCCUGCCUGUAAUAGCUGCCUGAAUUUUCGUAUCCGAGGUCACUUUGAAUUCAAAAUUUUAAUUGUGUGGCACAUAAACACAACAUAUUUUAUAUGAAUUUAAGAAAAUAAACUUGAGCCUGCGAUCAUUUGAAGACUAGUAACUUGUCAGCGGAUAACUACCAAAUUUUCUGGGAUGUGUAGAUUUACUUAGCUAUGGAGCUCCGCUAUAAUAUUCCCGUUUCAAUACAUUUUUAAGGGAUCAUCAGCACCAAGUAUACUAGGGCUGCAACGGUACGCCGAUAUAAGAUAAAGGAAUAGACGCAUGCGCACUUAUUUGUCACUUGUCAGCUAAGCAGUCCUGUGCGCCCACGAACAAACCACCGUGCAUAGCAACGUAUCUUUACGUGUACCUUAGCUCGCAUCACGAACUGUAUAGCCUCUUGUGAAAAUGAAUCGUUUUAGCCCGAAAAUAUGCAAGAUAACCUGCUCAAGUACUUUAGAAACCUUACUGAACAGGUCUUCCCUACAGUUACCCCUUUUGCCACAAUCAAUAAUUUCCCAGACAUUUAAAUAGCUGAAUCGCUCUGUAGAUAAAUCAAAUAAUACAUAGCACUUUCAUUUCCGUUUGUUCGUUUCUUUAAUAAUCUUUGUUUAUUCUUUCAUUCUUUUAUGCUUUAAAGGCGAUAUGGCAAAGAAGACGCAGAUUAAGGAAACGUUUCUCUAACGACAAGAAAAGUAGCUUGUCCACAGAGAAUAUAAUUGAUGCUAAAAAUGAAGUUCUCCGUCAGCGUCCUCGCGCACCAACCCCUACUUUGUCAGUGGAAUAUGAAGAUCCCGAUGUUCUAGAAAUGUCUCAAGAAGGUUCUGUAGUUCCAUCACGUGAUAACGACGCAAUGAUUUCCACGCAGGAGGGACGAUCACCCCUUCCCUCUGAGUGCAGGUCAGCAACUGACCCAAGUGAAAGUUCAGCAUCUCCGGCUCAGUUGCAUCCAGAACGAAAUAUGAAUGUGAGUAAACAUCCAAGGGCCACAUCACAAGAGGUUUCAAACGAUGUAGAGCCAGACACCAGGGAAGCCCAGACAAUAGAGAAGCCUUUCGGUCAGGCCUCAAAUCGGCGUUUCAGGAAGGAACCUGUUACAAGCCCACUGCAAACCUUACAACUAAGAAACAUGUUGGACGAUACCCCUUUGCAACAAAACAAUAUUUCAUUAACUGACAAAGAAUCGUUUGAAUUUCCUGGAAACCAAGGGCAGCCUGUUUUGAUAACUUCUUUUGAUGACGUAGAACCAAAGUACUUAAAUAGUAACAGGUCAGAAUACAGUAAUAUACCUCCUCCUGUUCCAGAACAACGGAACGAUUCUGGUGCAUAUGUGUCACCAUUGACAUUACAGUCCUUUAGCAGAUCAGUACCAGAAAGGAAUAGUACUUCUGGAAAAACUGAUGACCAUGGCUACGUGGUAUGCUUCCUCUAA